CAAUGGCGUCGUCAUCCUCAUAAUAGGUCAAAAUCAGCCAUUUAUCUGUACCAAUCAUCCCACCUCCCACUGUCCUUGUCCUUCCCCACCCGACACUUCACCUUCUUCCCCAACCAACUUUCUCUCACCUCCCCAUACAAUCAAUUAUUUCUCCAUUCCCCUCGAUUUUUUCUUCAUUCUUCUUCUUCCAUUUUUCCACUCCAAGCUUUUCUUCUUCGUAGUUUCUUCUUUUUUAAGAAAAAAUAGCUAAGUUUUCUGAAGUGAUGGCAGAGGAGGAAGCCAAGAAGGCCGAGCCCCAGCCGGAGACUUCCUCGGAAGCUCCACCUGCGCCUGAGCCUGCGCCGGCGCCGGCGGCUGAGCCGGUGGAGACUCCGAAGGACGUGGCUGAGGAGAAGACCGUGACUCUGCCGCCUCCCCCUGAGGAGAAAGUUGAAGAGUGCAAAGCCCUUGUCGUGGUUGAAAAACCUGCAGCUGCUGAGGAGAAAAAAGCAGAGGGCUCUAUUGACAGAGAUGCUGUGUUGGCUCGUGUUGCGACAGAGAAGAGGUUAUCUCUAAUCAAAGCAUGGGAAGAAAGUGAAAAGUGUAAAGCUGAAAACAAGGCUCAAAAGAAAGUAUCUGCUGUUGAAGCUUGGGAGAACAGCAAGAAAGCAAGUCUAGAGGCCGAGCUAAAAAAGAUCGAGGAGAACCUGGAGAUGAAGAAAGCAAAAUAUAUCGAGAUAAUGAAAAACAAGAUUGCUCUCGUUCACAAGGCAGCCGAAGAGAAAAGGGCAAUAAUCGAAGCCAAACGAGGUGAAGGUCUUCUCAAAGCAGAGGAAACUGCUGCAAAAUACCGUGCCACAGGGACUGCUCCAAAGAAGCUGCUUGGCAUCUUUUGAAGCUUAAAUUCAAUGUGAAACUGGAGAUAUGAUAUGCAAAGUUUGUACAUUUUCAUUGUUGUGUUAGUAUUAUUUGGAUGUGUUUAUUUAUUGUUUCAUUUACUUUUGUGGGAGUGUUGUCGUGAUGAUUUGUUGUUAGGAUGAAAUUUUUUUGUUGUUCAAUUGCUAUAUUUGUUGUUAUUCUUGUUGUGUGUUAAGUGGUGAUGUGAUAUUUGUUUGUAGAGAGAUACAUUGUGGGAGAAUACUAAUUUAUCAUUUUAUUCUACUUGUUGCAACAAAAAG